CCCGCCUCCCUCACACUCGCUCCCCAGCAGCCGGCGAGAGCGCCGCCUGAUCCAGACCUGCACCGACGAGCUGCCGUCUCCCUCCGUGACCCGCCGCUGCACCGCUGCACCAUGGGGAGGAUCGGCAAGGAGGUGGCGGGCCAGGUCCUCAGCUUCGUGGGCCUGGUCCUGGCGGCCGUGACCUGCGGCAUCCCCAUGUGGAGGGUGACCUCCUACAUCGGGGCCAACAUCGUGACGGGCCAGAUCGUGUGGGACGGCCUGUGGAUGAACUGCGUGAUGCAGAGCACGGGCCAGAUGCAGUGCAAGCUGAACGAGUCCCUGAUGCGGCUGACGCCGGACCUGCAGGCCGCCCGCGCCCUGGUCAUCAUCUGCCUGGUCUUCGGCAUGAUCGGCUUCAUGCUCUCCUUCGUGGGCGCCAGGUGCACCAGCUGCCUGGACAAGGACGCGUCCAAGGCCAACGUGGUGAUCAUCGCCGGCUGCCUGCUCAUCCUGUCGGCCGUGCUGGUCCUGGUCCCCGUCUGCUGGUCCGCCGCCAUCACCGUGUCCGACUUCGAGAACCCGCUGACCAUCGAGACGCAGCGGCGGGAGAUCGGCGCCUCCAUCUACAUCGGCUGGUCGGCGGCGGCGCUGCUGCUGAUCGGGGGCAUCACCCUGACCACGUCCUGCCCCCCCCAGAGGCCCCUGUACCAGGGCUACCCGCAGGGGCCCAUGUACCCGUACGCCCCGGUGAACCGGGCCCCCUACGGCCCCGUGUACGCCCCGGCCUCCAGCCAGCCCUACACGGCCUCGGGGACCUACGUCCCCAGCAAGCCGUACGCCGCGCCGGCUGUCUACUCCCCCCGCCAGUUCAUCUAAAACUGAAGUAAAACUCCAGGAGUUUCAGUAGGAGGUUAAAACUGUACCAGAACAUGUUGUUCUCCUGAAGGAUGGUACGUAAUUUAAUACACUGUGAUUUCAAAUGAAUUGAUCUUUGUUUACAGUUUCUAUCUUGUGAUUAUUUGCAACGUGUAAAUCUUGGAUUUAAAGGAAUAUCGUGUCCUCAGUCGUCCCUAAAGACGUCACGGUCCAAGUGGAUUUAUUUCCUUGAAGUGAUGUUUUAUUAUGUCUUUGUUUUUCCGCAAAUGUCACUUUAUUUUGUUUGGUUAUUAAAAAGAUGUUUAAUAAAAUUCUUCAAUUGUCA